AUGCUCACCUCCUUCCUAGGCCUGCACUCGCCCCUCUCACACAUCCUCACCCCCCGCUUCCUCACCCUCAGCCUCCUCCCUUCAGAUAGCGACAAGUCGCCAGUAACCUCAUCAUCAUCCUCACGACCGCCUCCAUCAAAAGGAGCACAAGAUGGCCCGUCCCGGGACCCCUCCCUGAGGGCCCUAGCCACAAUCUCCGCCCUAUCAGGCACCCUCGGCCUAGCAGCAGUGAUGGCAGCCCAGUCCGUGUCAGGCUACCUCUUCCUGCUCGCCCUCCUCGGCCCGACCUCCGCGGGGGACUACAUGACAGAGUUCAUCCGCACCGACGUCUCCACCCUCACGCCCGAGCAGCUGUCCGCCCGCGCCGCCAUGGCCCGCAGCCCCCGCUACGCCGCCUUCCUAGUCCUCUUCAGCAUCUUCUCCGCGGCGCUGCCCGAGGAGCUGCUCAAGUACCUCCCUGUUGCCUGGCUGCAGAGGAGGCAGCAGAGGCAGCAGCAGAAGAAGAAGCUGGGCAAGAGCGCCGCCGUCAGCGCAGCCACCGCCGCGUCGCUGGGCUUCGCCCUCGUCGAGCUGGCGGCGUACGUCCAGGCCGCUGCACCAGCCGCGGCGGCGGGUACCGGCCCGUCCAUGGCCGUCACGCUGCUGGAGCGAGUCUUCAUCGGUUUGCCCGGCCACGUCGCGAUGGCGGUGUUGUCCGCGGCGCGCGGCGCGGAUGCGGAUGCGGAUGCGGAUGUGGACGAUUCGGCGGCGCCCGGGUGGCGCGGCGUUGUCAGUGCCAUCGCGCCGUCGGUCCUCUAUCAUGGACUGUACGACUUGGCGCUGUUUGGGACCAGCGCCUGGGUCGGCGGCCACGUCGGGUGGGUGCACCCCGUGGGGGCGCGGGCGGUCGUGGGGAUGCUGGGGUUCGUUCUCUCCGUGCAGGGCGUGCUUUAUGCGCAUACGUUGCGGGCAUGGCUGGGCUGGGGUGAUAAGUCCAAAAAGCAGUGA